AUGUGCAUGUACAGGUGGUGCAGGUUCCGAAGACGCGAAACAGCAUGGAGAAAGUUUAAAAGGUCCAAAACAAGAUCUCAGGCAUGGGAGCGUGGGCUGGUAUGGGAUCGUUUUUGUUGGUCGGUUGCUCAGGUUGCACUCAAUGCCAUGUCGCAGGAGUUCAGAAGCUCGUAUGCGGAUGCAGCCCCCUACUUCAAUCAGCCAGAAGUGGCUUUGGCGUUGGUUCUUUGCUCGGCGGUUCGAUGGCCUGCAGAAGGCCGCCAGCUUGUGCCCGGAACCUCACUGAGGUGGUCAGACAUCUCAGGGCCGGAGCAGCAUUUCCAAACAACAAGUCUGUACUGGUUCCACGGCUGUGGUGGUGUGAGGAUACCAAUAUCAAAGACGCCAUCCGAAACGAUUUGA